GUGAAGGGGCACAGUACUCGCACCCUCCACUCCGCUGUUGGUACGGCCCGGCCGAGCCAUCGGGCAAUGGUCUGGAGGACCGGGCGCGAUGGCUGCUGGGAGUUGUUGUUCCGGGGGCGGGGGCAGCCUUGCGCGACGGGGCGGGCGGACUCGCUUUCCCGUGCUGCCCCGCGGCUGGCUGUGGUGGGGCGAGUCGCUGGGUCCGGGGCGCUCGAUCGCCCGCCGCUCUCGCCGCUGCUGGGUCCCCGGCCGGGCCGGUCCCGCCAUGGGCUCCCUGCUGAGCCGGCGCAUCGCGGGCGUGGAGGACAUCGACAUCCAGGCCAACUCGGCCUAUCGCUACCCGCCCAAGUCCGGAAACUACUUUGCAAGUCACUUUUUCAUGGGAGGUGAGAAGUUUGAUACCCCACAUCCCGAGGGUUAUCUCUUCGGGGAGAACAUGGAUUUAAACUUCCUGGGGAACAGACCCGUUCAGUUUCCCUAUGUCACACCAGCCCCACACGAGCCUGUGAAGACACUGAGAAGUUUGGUGAAUAUCCGCAAAGACUCUCUACGUCUCGUGAGGUAUAAGGAUGACCUAGACAGUCCUACUGAGGAGAACGGGAAGCAGAAAGUCCUGUACAGCCUAGAAUUCACCUUUGAUGCUGAUGCCCGUGUUGCCAUCACAAUCUACUGCCAGGCUACAGAGGAAUUCAUCAGUGGCAUGGCAGUAUACAGCACAAAGAAUCCUUCUCUGCAGUCAGAGACGGUUCAUUACAAGAGAGGGGUGAGCCAGCAAUUCUCCCUGCCUUCCUUCAAGAUUGAUUUCUCAGACUGGAAGGACGAUGAGCUGAACUUUGAUUUGGAUCGUGGCGUGUUCCCUGUGGUGAUCCAAGCCGUAGUGGAUGAAGGGGAUGUGGUGGUUGAAGUUACUGGCCAUGCUCAUGUUCUCCUGGCUGCAUUUGAAAAGCACGUGGAUGGCAGCUUCUCUGUGAAGCCUUUAAAACAGAAGCAGAUUGUGGAUCGGGUGAGUUACCUGCUUCAGGAGAUCUAUGGCAUCGAGAAUAAAAACAACCAGGAGACAAAGCCUUCCGAUGACGAGAACAGUGACAACAGCAACGAGUGCGUGGUGUGCCUGUCCGACCUGAGAGACACCCUCAUCUUGCCCUGCAGGCACCUGUGCUUGUGCAAUUCCUGCGCAGACACCCUGCGCUACCAGGCCAACAACUGCCCCAUCUGCAGGCUGCCCUUCCGCGCCCUGCUGCAGAUCCGAGCCGUGAGGAAGAAGCCUGGGGCUCUGUCGCCCGUCUCGUUCAGCCCCGUCCUGGCCCAGACCAUGGACCAUGAUGAGCACUCUAGCUCCGACAACAUCCCUCCAGGAUAUGAGCCCAUUUCGCUGCUGGAAGCAUUGAAUGGCCUCCGCUCCAUCUCCCCAUCCAUCCCUUCCGCUCCUCUGUACGAGGAAAUCAGCUACACUGGGGUGGUGGAUGGACUGCCCCCAGCCGGCCGCCCACUAGCCGGGAUUGACAGAGCCAUGGAGAGCGGCCCUCAAAAGAGCAAGCGGAGCAAAUCUCCAGACAGUGUGUUACGAUCUCCUUCGUCGCCGAUCCACGAAGAGGAUGAGGAGAAGCUCUCUGAGGACUCGGACUCCCAGCCAGCGUUGAGCGGGGCCGAGCUGGUACUGAGGAAGAACAGCUCUCCUGGAAGCAUAGUGACUGAAGAAAUGGAGGGGAUCUCGUCCCUGCAACAAGGUAGCCGCCUGCCCUCCAUGGAAGACAUCCUGCCGGAGAGCAGCUGCAGCGAGCACAGGAGCCUUACGCGGUCGGAGAGCGACCCCCCAGUUGAUGUGUACCUGCCAGGGUCGUCCGACUCCAAGACCCUUCCAAGCCAUGGCGCCAACAGUCCCACUCAGCCCCUCCUCUUCGACCAGCCCCAGCUCUGCCCAGAGGACGCGCGCAGCCUUUCCUUCCGCCCAGGCCUGCGGCGGUCUCAACUGCGUCCCAAGCCACAUGCACAAGCUCUCCUCUCCCCGAGGGAGCUGGGAGCCUCCCAUGCCCAGCAGGGCCCCCAAAUGACACUCUGAACAUGGCUCGGGUGUGUUAAAUGAGUCUGUAAAUGGGGCAAGAGGAAGGCAGGCGCUGCCCCCUGCAGCGGGUUCGAGCCAGGCUCCCACUUUCCUCUUGGGACUGGCUGCUCCCCUCACCAACGGGCACAACUUUUGCACAGGUUGGUUUUUUAAAGAUGUUUAAAGUACUUCCCGUUCUAACCCCUCCGCCCCCUUUCCCUCCCCCCACAGAGGAGCUGGCGGGAGGGAGUUGGUGGGGGGGCGGGGUGCAAAUGAAGGACACUCCCAUGUAUAUUUUGUAAACACGGUGACUGUUCGCAGCUGUAGGGUUGCGCUGCCCCUCCCCUGUAAAUACGUCUUGGGCCAGUCGCCCCUUGCAGGCCGGCCAGGGUCUGCUCUGCUUUCUCCUGGGGGCACCCAGCCCAGGGGGGUCUCUAGCCAGGCUUAUGUGGCACUCCGUCUCCUCCUGGUGCCACUGUCCCCAGGCGAUGGUCCCCUGGGUGUGGCAUCGCCGCCUGUCCAGCUGGUGGCCCCAUGAUUGCUUUGCAGCUGGCGCUCGCUCCCCUGCAGCCUCGUGUGGGAGGAGCAGUGUGGAUGGGCUUAUGCCUUCCCCUGCAGAGGGACGAGGGCCCCAGCUGCACUCACAGGAGGGACAGCCCCUCUGUGGGGAGCCUGCUCCUGCUCAGUCCUUCCCAGGGAAGAUCCAGCCGAAUCUCCAGCAUGGGGCACACGGGAUGCCACUCCCCUUCCUGAUCCUGCACGGGGGCUCUUGGGUUCAGCCACCAGCUGCUACCCUGCUCCCUCCAGCCCGUCCUUCUUGGGGAGUUGGUCACUGCUGCACCGGGCUGGACCUAGCACCUGUCCCGCCCUGCUGUGUGGCUUCUUCCUGCCAGGCCCUGGUUCCUGGGCCCUCAGCAUGCCAUGCAUGGCUGCAGGCAGGCUCUUACCUAGCUCACAGCACUGGCGAACGCCUGCCAGCGGCUCCAGGGCAGCCUGCUCUGUCAGCGCCCUCGGGCUCCAGGGGCUGCUUUCUGAGCUCCUUAGACACAAGCACAAGCCUCCUGCCAGAAGGGGGGGCUUUGCCCCGCCAGGCAGCCACCAGCGGCACCCACUUGGCUACCUGCAGGCCAGGGCCAGCGGGGCCCUGCUGAGUGACACUUCAGGGGAGCCCUUAGGGAGAAUAGCCUGUUCUUCGUCCUUUACUAUUCUGCCCACUUUCCCUGCUGCGGUGAAGCCCUGCCACCUGCUUCUCCUAGCUCUGGGGAAACCCUUCCCCAGCCCAAGUCCUAGCCCCUGGAAUCUCCCCAUAGCCCCAGCACCACCGUGGUGUGUCUGAGCCCUGGCAGGGGCAGGGAGCCCGGCCUGCAGAGAGUGGGGAGCAGCGCCCUGGCAGUGCUAGACCCUGUUACAGCUGCAGGGCCCAAAGGUGUGGGAGGAUCAGCCUGGCAGUUUGUUUCCCGCUGGCUGGGGCAGGGCCGAUGAGUCGAGCACUCAGCUGUGGGUGGGGUUGGGUCCAGCAUCUCUCCAAAGCCAGCAGCUCCAUGCUCAGCACGCAGCACCACCAGCAGUGAAGCCCAGGCGGAGGGGUCCUGCCUCCUGGUACGGGAUUCCUGCCACGCUGGGGCAUGGGAAAGGCCUCCAUGGCAGAGAACCACCCCCUAACCCAUGGCCCCUUUGAGUUGCAGCCAGCUGCCCCCACCCUGGUAAGGUCUUCAUGAGGCAGAAGAUCAGCCCUGGGCCCUCAUUGCGCUCUCCUGAGCUCGGGUGUCUGUUGCUGAGGAGAUGGGGUGUGCACUGGGGUAGCAGAGGGGGCAGUCUUCCCAAUGCUCCUGCUACAGCUCCUCCCCCCAAGAGCAGGCAUGGCCAUGGCACAGGAAGAUGCCGUGAAAAGCACCUCCCGGCCCUUGCCACUGACUUUGGUGACUCCCUUUGGUAGCAGGGCAGCUCCUAUCACCGCUGUCUCCAGGGGUGUGAAUCUCUCUGCCCCUCGUCCUGACCUGCAGCUGCAUGCUCCCUGGGCAGGGUUCCAAGUGAGGCUAGCGGGCCGUGGGGGUGCUGACAGCCUAUGGGGCUGAGGGAGACCUGCACUCUGCACACAGCUGCACACCGGGACCUGGAGCAGGAGGCAUUUGGGCACCUGCUUUUCCCCAGCACCCAUGGCCUCGUUGGUGCCCCUGUGCCCGCCUUGAUCGAUGUUGCUCAGUGCGGUGUCCUUGCCAUGUGCCUUGUUCCUGCUUUCUGUGCUGUGGGGAGCCCCUCACCCCAUCCCUGGGGCUGGCCUGGACCCUGCGGGAGUCUUCUGUCCCUAUUGGGAGCUCUGCCCACAAGGACGCAUUCCCAGGGGCAGGUUUGUGUGCAUGGCUGCUGGGCUGUGCCGUCUGCUUCCGUUUGCCACCAUGCCUUUCAUUCUCUGCUCCUCCCCAGCAAGAUGGGCCAGCCGCCUGUCUCCCCCGGCAGGGAUUUCUGGGGGCUCCUCCCUUUGUUCCUCUGUUUAGAGUAAUAAAUCCAUGGAGCAAUA